ACUUUACCGAAAGAACCAAGGCUAUGAAUCCCUGCGGUCACCAAAGCUUUAAAUCAACAAUCUGACCACCAACAUGUCGGCGGGUGACGUCACCAGUUCACCUCAGCCCGCCGGUCAUCGCCGUCGACAUCAUCAUCAUCGGCAGCACCACCAUCGUCGUCACCAGUGGAAUGACAGCAUCAGCAGCAACAACAACAGCGGCGGCGAUAAGCUGAGGAGGAGAGAGAGAGUGAGAGGGGCGGUAAAGCGCGGGUUGUCCGUUCGCGCGCGCGCUCGCUCGCUCGCCAUCACGCUCAGGAGUCUUCCUUUGUCGCCUCGCACCGGGGAGAGCUUCCCCCUCCACCUUGCGGGGAGAGAAGAGGCGAGCGAAUGCCAUGAGCCGCUCUCGCCCGGCUCCCGAACCGGGGCCGCCACCACCGUCACCAUCAUCCUCCUCCUCGUCCUCCUCCUACAGAAGCUGAGCUUCGACGGUAGCAGCCGCGCGACACGAGGGGGGUGACCCGCAAGGCGCGGAGGGAGGCUGCGCGGCGCAGCUGAAAUGACAGCGCCCGUAUCCAGGGCGAGCCAUGGCGGCGCGACUUCCCCGGCCCACGGCUUCGCUACCCGCGCCUGAGCCGGACCUCUCCUCAUCAUCCGCGUCUUCCACAUCGUCCUUCGCCUCGUCGUCGUCGUCCUCCUCCUCGUCCUCGUCGUCAUCGUCGCUGGCCUCCAUGCUGCUCGCCAUCGCCCGGGAGAGGCAGAGGCUGGGCUGCGGGCAGGGUGAAGAUGGCCCGGAGCCGAGUGGUGGGUUCCUGGCCGAUGACCGCAUCGUCUUCUGGACGCAGAUGUUCUCCAACUACUUCAUGGAGACGGCGGAGCAGGCCCAGGACGACCUGCUGUUCUACGUGCGAAGGAAGCGAUCGUGUGGCGAAACCCUUGCUCCCAACAGUAUCCAGGUGGAGGUGUACAGGAGAGACUCCCGAAGGCUGCCGGGUCUGGGAGAUCCGGACAUCGAUUGGGAAGAAACUGUUUACUUAAACCUCAUCCUCCAGCGGUUCGAGUACCUGGUCACGUGCGCCGUCUGCACCCGACCGGACGGCGGAGACAUUCACAUCCACCACAAAAAGUCCCAGCGAGUUUUCGCCUCGCCAAGCAAGCACAGGAUGGACAGCAAGGGCGAGCAAUCUGAGAUGAGCUACCCCAACAUAUUCUUCAUGAUCGAUAACUUUGAUGAGGUUUUCGGGGACAUGACGCUAGAGGAGGGGGAGAUGGUAUGCGUGGAGCUGGUGGCGAGCGACAAGCACAGCAGUUUCCAGCGGGUCAUCUUCCAGGGCUCCAUCCGUUACGAGGCGUUGCGCAAAGUCUACGACAACCGCGUGAGCAUGGCUGCCAAGAUGGCGCAGAAGAUGUCGUUCGGCUUCUACAAGUACAGCAGUGUGGAGUUUGUACGGAUGAAGGGGCCGCAGGGCAAAGGUCACGCAGAGAUGGCCGUGAGCCGCGUGGAGCUGGAGUCUCCCGGGGAUGACGUCGAUGGCGAGAACGACGAGGAGGACGAUGACGAUGAUGAUGAGGAACGGGGGAGAGGAGGAGGCGGUGGCGGCAGACGUCACCGAGGAGGUCUGGGGGGCGUCUCCACCAGCUGUUUCCGAGCGCACGCCGAGCGGGUGGCAUCCGUCAGCCAGCCCCCGACGCCCGAGCGGCCGCGUCCCACCUUCUACUCGCCGUCACUGCGGAGGAAGCGCCCCGCCGAGCAGAAGGAGCUGAAGAAGUCGCACUCGGCCAACGACAGCGAGGAUUUCUUCAAGCGCUACGAGGGCUCCGACACGGAGGAGUAUCCGGAUGGGAAGAGCGGCACGAAUCUCCGCUCGCGCUCGCUGUCGGGCACGAGCCGCUCACUCGUAGGCUCCUGGCUGCGGCUGGACCAGCCGGAGGAGAGCUACAUGCUGUACGCACACCUCACCUACGUCAUGCUGCCCUGGCAUCACAUCAUCGCAGACAUCCUGGAGGUGAGACAAAAGGCUAUUCUCAUGGUGUAAAA